AUGGGCAUCGUGCCGUGCAACACGGAGGACGACCACUUUCCCAGACGUCAGCUGCCCGAAAAAAGCGGAAAACCGAGCUGGAAUCCACACAGCUUGCCAGCAAGUGCUCGUCAAGGUUCAAGAUUUGGUGGGACGCCUCGCUCUUCAUCUGCACCGCCGCCGUUCAAGUCGGACAAGCGGCAGAGCAGCGAAGCAUGGCUUGCAAGCGACGCGUCGCGACUCCCCUCGCUAAACUCCCUUCCUUUCCCGCCGCAGUCUCGACCUCCCUUCCGCACGGCCUCCACUUCCCCCUUCUGCGCUCCCCCCUUCCUCGUCCUCUCGUAUCCUCUCCACCGCUCCUCCCCUCUCGUCCUGCAACUCGUCAAGCCUGGCAGCACAGCCGUUGGCACCGAUCUAGCAACACAGCAACCCUCCCCUACCUCGGCACCCCUUUGGCUUGUCGUGCUCCUGCUCGGCCUCUCAAAUCCUCCAGACACCUCUGCCGUUAGUUUCUACCUCACGCUGGCUUCGCGUAAGCAUCGUGGCCAUUCGUCAGGCAUCUCUCAAGCCUUGGCCUUCGCCUACCCCGACUCGUCAAGGGGCGCACCUUUGGUGCUUAUCUUGAGGAGUCGAGGUAGGGAGCGCCUGGAAGAGAUUUUCCAGGCCACAGCCGAGCGAAUGGACUUCUUUACCAACCGCCUCCAGGACGGAAGAGGCGGCAACACUGUCGUCGUCUACAAGAUCUCUGUCGAAAAAGCUCCCUUUGCCCUUGCUCGCGCUACUUUGCUUGUUCCCGGAUGUCUGCUUGUGACCUGCACUCGACCUGAUCCCGCAUGUGCUGGCCAUCCGCACUUUGCUUGGUCGGCAUGUCUGCUUGUAGUCCGCACUUCGAAAGCCGCAUAUACACCGGCCUCCCAUUCGCCUCAAGCCCUUCGACUAUAG